AUGAAACACUGCAGUGUAUUUAUUGUUUUGUGCUUAUAUUUGUGUGUUAUUAAAUGUGCAAGAUCGGACAGAACAGAUUCUAUCUCAUUGCUAAAGUCAAACUCAACAUCGGAGCAGAAAGUAUGGAAUAUAAAACUUGACAUUUUCUUCUCAAAAACUUUACCAGCCGUCAUCACCAGGGCACCGAAGAGUGAUGUACGUUUCAAAUGUGAGGCGAUCAUGAAUUAUACAAAGGUGGAGAAGUACACUAAAAAUAGGGAAGGUGAGGUAAAAUUGCUAAAAGAAGCUCCCCCUGAUCACAUACAGCAGAAACUAUUGGAGAAUGUUAAAGUAUAUUGGUUGAAAGACAGUAAAAUAAUUGAUGAUAACUCAACUCAAAAAAUCAAAAUAACCACCAAGAUUGAUAAGAGCAAUGGCACAAUAGGUACAAAUUUAAGAAUUAAGGACUUGAUUGUAAGUGACAAAGGCAACUAUACUUGUGUAAUUAAACAAAAUUAUGAGAAGAGACAGACAUCACAAUUAAAGAUUGAACAAGGUAUUGAAAACUAUGAGAUUCCUACAUAUACCUCAUUGUUCCCAAACACUGACAUCUACAGCCAGCUGGAUAUUAAUGUGCAGUCCACUCCAGGUCUAUCAUCAGAAAAUAUACAAACACUAAACAAUACCAAUUCCACUGACCCAAAAAAGUUGGAACCGAUAUGCCAAGAAUAUUUAGGAAAUGUGUGUGCAGAACAUUUAAAGGGUCAAUUUGUAUAUAUACCUUACAAUACUAGCCAGGAUGCUCUUGAGGAUAAACUGCUGAAAGCAUUCCAAGUUACUAAAUAUUCAAAUGAUAUAAGUCCUCGCUGUGAGGGCUAUGCCGUGCCCAGUCUCUGUUACUCAACAUUUCCUAUCUGUAGAGAUCCUUUUGUUACCAACAGUAAGUUCUUCAGGGAAGCUAGAAAACUGUUUACUCUUCAGUCUGAUCCUGCAAUUAAAAUUAAUGAUAAUGACUUACAUGAAAUUGUGUUUGAAAAUUUGCCAUUUGGCAAACUACCCAGUAUGUACACAGAUUCCAAUAGUUCAUUUGCAUCAAUGUUUGAUUUCCGUUAUAACUCCACAGUCCUCCGAAGGGUCUGUAAACAAGAUUGUGAGAUACUGGAAAAUGAACUUUGUCAGAAAGAGUAUGCUAUAGCUAAGAGGCAUCCACAUAUAGGACAGCAGUUAACACUAGAGGAAUGCCAAGACCUUCCUGAAAAUGAUCCUGACUGUUUGAGAAUUAGUAUUGGAGCAGUAAUGGUAUCUGAUGAUGAAUGUUACUGGGAAAAUGGAAGCGGAUACUUAGGGCGAGUUAAUAUAGCAAAUAAUGGCAUGCCUUGCAUUGAGUGGUCUAAACAACUACAUGUAAGAUUGUCAGAUUAUCCUGAACUUGCUGGUACACACAGUUAUUGUAGAAAUCCUGGAGGUGUUAAAGAGCAGCCCUGGUGCAUCAUUGAGAAGGAUGGUAAAACAGAUAAGCAGCUCUGUGAUAUUCCAAAAUGCGCUCACAAAAUCUGGAUUUACAUUGUCAUAGUUUUUCUUCUGUUGACUCUUACAAUUAUUGGAUUUAUUAUUUGUUUGUGCUACAGACAUAAAAAUAAGAACAAUGCUUCAACAAUUAGAGAUAUUAAUUUACCCAAUGCUGAUAAAAACAUCUAUGGCAAUUCUAGACUUAAUUCACCAAUAGAAAUGAGUGAACUCCUGACCAACAAUAUAGCCAAUCAGCCUCACCUGACCAGAAACACUAGAGGCAAUGGAGUGCUUCGUAUUCCUCAAUACUCUCUAUCACAAAUUAAAUUCUUGGAAGAAUUGGGUGAAGGUGCUUUUGGUAAAGUCUACAAAGGAGCUCUGAAAAAGAAUGGUGAAACACAGUUUGUUGCUGUCAAGGCAUUGAAAGAGAAUGCUUCAGCUAAAACACAGGCAGAUUUCAGAAGAGAAAUAGACUUGAUAUCUGAAUUAACUCAUGAUAACAUUGUGUGUAUUGUUGGUGUAGCAUUGAGAGAAGAACCUUUGUGUAUGUUGUUCGAGUUUAUGGCGCGAGGCGAUCUCCACGAGUUUCUGAUGGGGCGUGCGCCACCUUCUGGGAAAGGUUUGCCACCUAUGAGAUUGCUAAACAUCGCAAAUAACAUUGCAUCUGGGAUGCAAUACCUUGCUUCCCAUCAUUAUGUCCACAGGGAUCUUGCAGCUAGAAACUGUCUUGUCUCUGACGACUUUAUUGUCAAAAUAUCUGAUUUUGGUCUUUCCAGAGAUAUCUACAGUUCAGAUUAUUAUAGAGUACAGUCAAAGAGUUUACUACCAGUAAGGUGGAUGCCACCAGAGUCCAUACUCUACGGUAAAUUCACAACAGAAAGCGACAUUUGGUCAUAUGGAGUAGUAUUGUGGGAAAUAUACAGUUAUGGAUUGCAGCCAUAUUACGGAUAUAGCAAUCAAGAAGUCAUAUCGAUGGUGCGUGGAGGCGAGCUACUUGCGGCUCCAGCGAACUGCCCGGCACCAAUGUACACACUCAUGAGGGACUGUUGGAAGCAUACGCCGCAAAGGAGACCUAACUUCGAGGAAAUUGUUAAUAGGAUCCAAGAAUGGAUAAAUAUGGGUGGGUGUCCAGAAAUCGCAGCUUCUGAGGCCGGAAGCAGUGGUUUUGGAAACCGACCUUCGGGUUCCAGCCGAGACUUGCAGGAGAGGGUACCUUUACUACCACCACACUGCUCAUCAUCUAAUGGCUCCCUGGCCACGGGUAGCCUGAAAAAGUUCAGCGCUGCAGGUUCUAGCUCUAAAGUUACAGAUGAUAAUUGUUCCACUUGUAGUGAGGUGCCACCUCUUGCUCCCAAGACAAAGAAACACAGCUCGGGAUCGCUCAUCGAUACAGAGAAAGUAGGUACGAAAGAUACAGUGGUUAGGAUAUUACCUAACUCACAAUUUGGUAACGAAAUUUAA